GGCCCCGCCGUCGUGGCUUCACAGCACAUCCUUCCUGCAGCUGCUGUCCCUCCUGCCCUGCACCCCUUCCUAGGCCUGCAUUUCUCUCUCUUUUACUGAUGUGGAGAUGAUGCCCUCAUUCUCCUCCGUAUCCCUCCCGGGCGUGCCUGUUUUCGACACAGCUCACAGUGUCAGAUGGGGGAGCUCAGGUUUUCUGCGGUGCUUGAUGGAGCCGCCAGGGAUUGGGGGGUCCGGGGUGCCUGGCUCUCCCAGCAUGUGUGUUGGGGGAGACACCGGCUCUUUGAAGCCCACAGGAAGGCUGGAUGGGCUGAUCAGCAGGAGGCCGGGCAGCUGUCCUGCUGGAUCGCAGACCUUGUGCCCAUCAAGACUGCUGGGCUCAGAGGGUAAGCAGGAGGAGAAUGACGUGGUGGAGAAGCUGAACCUCUUCUUGGAUCUGCUGCAGUCGUAUAAGGACCUGUGUGAACGGCAUGAGAAGGGUGUGCUGCACAAGCACCAGCGGGCCUUGCACAAAUACAGCCUGAUGAAGAGGCAGAUGAUGAGCGCCGCCGUGCAGAACCGUGAGCCGGAGUCCGUGGAGCAGCUGGAGUCCCGCAUUGUAGAGCAGGAGAAUGCGAUUCAGACCAUGGAGCUGCGGAACUACUUCUCCCUGUACUGCCUGCACCAGGAGACGCAGCUCAUCCACGUCUACCUGCCCCUCACCUCCCACAUCCUCCGUGCCUUCGUGAACUCCCAGAUCCAAGGGCACAAGGAGGUGAGUCCCCCCUUGCUCAGGACGCUGUCUUGGCUACGGCCUUCUUUUUUUCCCCAACGCCCUUCCCUCAAGCCUGGCAGCACGGUGGCCGGCUGCUCUCGAGAGGUUCUUCAGUGGAGUUGGGUCCACAUGGAACACGGUGCUCACCCAGAUCUUCUAGUCUCCUUUGUAGCCAAAGUCAGAAUCAUGAGGGUGUCCCUGUGAUUCCUGGGGGCGGAGGGAGGGACAGACAGGGACAGUUUGCCUUCUGGAGGGAUUUGAGAAGUCAGAGGUAAAGCCUGCAGAGCUCCCGCACCCUGUGGCUGAGACAAGGGUUCUGAGUGCUUGGGAGCACUGCAGGUGGGGUGUUUUUCCAAAGAGCACGGGCCAGCUUU